CUUUUAAACAAGUCUGAAAAAGUUCAUAUAUAUAUACACAUAUAUAUAUAUAUGUGUGUGUAUAAAUAUAUAUAAUAAAAAAACUUACGGAUAAAGCGAGUAUACUUCGUGGAUCAAAAUAUAAUGAUUCUCCAAAAGCGACAUCUAAGAUUAUAUUCAAAAUAAGUUCUAAAAAGUAGAAAUAAAAUUACAAUUUUUCUGAUUGUGUUAUGAAUUUAAAAAUAAUGCAAUGAUGGAUGUGGAUUUAUUACGACCAGGCACUGUGCCGAUAUCUCCUGAUACAAUACUUUGGUUUGAAUUUUUAUUAAAUCCGUCUUUAUUGCAACAACAUUUAUCAAAACCUUCUCCUGAUCCCUCAGCAACGGACUUAAUAAUUAAAUUUAUGACAAUAAAUUCAGAACAAAAGGAAAAUGAAGUAAAAAUUGUUGAUACUGAAUCAAAUGAUGCAAAAUCUAGUACUGCAAUUAAAUGGACUCAUAGAAAUCUUGCUUUAAAAAUUCUUUCUUUGAAAAUAGCAGCUCAUUUAAAAUGGGAUUUGGAUGUAUUAGAAAAAAAAUUACCAUUACCAAUACAAUUAACAUUACUUCAAGAUCUUCUUUAUAUAACAUCGGAUUUAAUUGUGGAAAUACCAACUAUACCUGAAUUUACAAUACAUCCAAUUUCAGAUCAAGUAUUAUUUACAAUUGUUUUAUAUCAUAGAUGGCAUAUAAGAGCAAUUAUUUAUAGAGCCUUAAAUAAUAAACAAUCAAAACAACAAUUUCUUCAUAUUCCAGGUAUUCAAGAAUCAACAUAUGUACCACCUGGUGUAAUAGAUGAUAUAAUUAGGAAAUUAGAAGCUCAAGUAUCUAAUAGUAUAAAUGUAUUAAAUAAUGUUCUUGAAAGUAAAGAUAUAAGUCCAAAAAUGUUAUCAUUUGACACUUUCCAAAUGUUAUCUGAAGAUAGUAUAGAGAUUAAACAAAAUUGGGAAAAUAUGUAUUCCAUUAAUUUAGAAGAAUUUAAAUGUCAAAUACAUUAUGAUUUAGCAAGAUUUCAUUUGUUAAAAGAAGAAUACCAAGAAGCAAAACGUCAUAUUAUACAAGCCAAAGAAUUGUUUUAUAAUUUCAAUAAUUCAGGAGAUAUGUUGUAUUGUAAAAUUCGAAAAGAAUCUUUAGAUGGUUGUUGUUUAGCAUGCGAAGUAUCCAUAGAAGGAAUAACUUCCAGUCUUACUCAGCAAUUGCAAGCAUCAAUUAAAGAUCAAUAUACUAAUAUAUUACAAAUUCUUCAAGCAGAUAACAUUUCAAGAGAAAUUCCUCAGGUUUAUAGAGAUAAUUUAGAACUUGAUGUGCAAGGAGGAUCUGUUAAUAGAAAAAUUGUAGUAGCUCGUGAUCUUUUGCUUCAAAUUCAAUGUUUAAAUUUAAUUAGAAAAAUUUUGGAUGGUAGCAUAAUUCUUGGUGAUUAUAUAACGGAAAUACAAGCAGCUGGUAAUAAAGGAAUUGAAGUAUUUUUUUGGGCUCUUGAAAAUGUUUUAGAACAACUUACUAUUAAAGACAAAACACGUAUUUCACGUUAUCUCCUUUAUCUCGUACAUACAAGUAACAUUGAUGGAUUUGCUUCCAAAAUACUUAGUGAUCCAUUAUAUAUGACAUUAUUUAAUGAUAAAGAAUUAGAUAUCAUCAGAAAAUCGGCUAUUAUUGAAGAAUUAGAGUUACCGGAUUUAUUAUUAAAAAAUGAUUGGGGUAUACCUUUAAUAACAUAUACUCAAAGCUCCAAAAUAGAAGUAUUUGGAUUAGAACAAAGAUUAAUACAAUCAUAUGAUACUAAUGAAAUUCAUGAAAUAUUAUUACAUUUAGAUGGAAAACAUCGUAUGAAACCUUUAUGGUUAGUGAAUAGUUGUUGGGAAUUACCUAUUCCAUUACAAAGUGUUGUAAUGUCCCUUUCUAGAGGUUUUCUUCAAGAUUAUUCAUAUGUAUUAUUAGCAAAAAGUAGAGAAUUAGUAAUGUCUAAAGAUUUUGAAGGAGCAAUUGAAAUAUUAAAUGUAUUAGAAAAAGAAGUACAGCAACAUUCACAAAGUGGCAAUACAUUAAUAUUUAAAUUAUGUAAAUUAGUAAACUGGGAAUGUUUACUUAUUGAAAUUUUAAGAUGCCUUCACAAUUGGCCAACAACAAAUAUAUGUGAUACAGAAAACUUAAUUACAAGAUGUAAACAAUGUCUUGGAGCAUUACAAGCUACAGAUCAAGUUAUUCCACGACAAGAAAUUAUUGAAUAUUGCACUGUUUUUCUUUUAAAUAUGACUGAAUGGGAUUAUUUAACAAGUUUAGAAAAACGUUUUAGUUAUUCAGAAUUUGCAGCAGCUAUUAGUAGUGUUUGUCAAGAUAUUGUUAAGUACAAAGCAGGAAGAAAAUUUUCAAGAGAAGCAUGGGAUAUGGUUUUAACUGCUUUUGGCCCAAGUAGAGAUCAACCACAAAAACGAAGUAAUAGUGGUAAUAGUGGAACAAGUACUGGUAGUGCUUCAAGAGAUGUUAUUGCUAGCAUUGGAGGUACACUUAGUAGAUUACGUGAACCUAUGGUUCUUACUGUUGUUAUUUCAUUAUUAGCACGUUUACGGAAUGUUUUACGCGAUGAAUCUAGUCUUGAAUUACAUGCGCAGUAUCUUUCUCUUUGGCCUGCUGUUGUACCAAAUGCUAAUUCUUAUAAUAUCAGAAGCAUUGGAGAAUUAUUGUUUCAAUUAUUAACACAAGCUUUAAAAUAUUAUCCAACUAAUGUUCCUUGGUUAAGAUUAAUGGGAGAUCUUAAUUUUGUUCUAGGAUAUUAUGAAAGUGCAAUAAAAUAUUAUUUAGAAGCUAUUAUGGUAUCUAGUGAUCUGUUUAGUCAACCAGUACCAAGAUCACAGAUUGAUGAUCUUGUUUAUAGACGUAUGAUUAAAUGUUGUGCUCAUUUACAAUGUUAUACACAAGCUGCUGUAUUAUGUCAAUUUUUAGAAGAAGUAGAUUAUACUUUAGCUUUUAAAAUGGCAGCUAGUGAUCAAAAAAGUUGUGCUCCAGCAGAUGCUAUGGAUGCAUAUUAUCAUUGUAUUUGGGAUACUACAAUACUUGAAUAUCUCAUUCAUUUACACACAAAACGUGGUGAACAUCAUAGAAAACAAUUAGCAAUUAAAGUAAUUGGUUCAUUGGAAUUGAAUUCUAAUAAUAAUGAAGAAAUACAAAGGGAAGCAGCAAACAUUCGGAAAGCGAAAUUUUUAAGAGCAUUAGCAAAACAAUAUGUUUAUUAAUAAAAGUAUGCAAAAAAUAUUGUAUUAUUAUAUAUAUUAAUUUUAUAAUAUUUAAAUAUAAGGAUUUUUAUAUUUAUAAUUACAAUCGAUAAUUAAAACAAUCAAAUCUCCCUCCUUUACUAUGUACAA